GUCUUUCGGCCGCAUCGUUCCGCCCUUCCUCCUCUCCGCUCUCGACGCCUCGCUCCUCUGUUGUGUGUGUCCUCCUCUCUGCCGCUGCCUGAGCUGAUAUCCUUCAGCGGCUCUGCCCACUUUCCUCUCAACGUGUGUAGGUGUUCGGGAAGUACGAGGGCUCCCUGAAGGCAUCACCAGCCCACAUAAUGCUCCUCUUCAGCACUGGGAAGAGCGGGCCAGCCUGCAGAGCGCUUCCGGAGGCGGAUAAUCCCCAUCCCUCUACACGAAGUCCUAAUGCAAUCAGGAAGGGACUGCCAUAGCUCACCUCAAGGGAAACACGUUUUGGAGGCAAAUCGCGAGUGACGACCUCCCAAGAAAUCCGGUGAGAGGAGAGAGGGGCUCGGACGGGCAGAGAGAUGGAUGUCUGCGUCUCACAUUGUCUUCAUCGUGUGAACGGCAGAGUCUGAUAAAAGCCGAUCCCUCUCUGUAUAAUGUGACAGCUGCUGUCGCAUUUUCACCCAGUUUGGAGAAAAACUACUGAAGGAACAAAACCUGCAGUACAUUUUCCUUGACACCGGCACCAUGGCGACCUACAGUCUGGUUUUAACUUUCGUUGUUGCGGCUCUUUGGCGGGUCAGCGCUGUACCACAAACUCUUCCUUCACCCGCGACGCAGUUCAAUUCAACAUCAUCAUCAUCAUCAUCUUCAUCCAUCAUCAGCGAGGAUGGACUGACGAGUAAUGUGACAGAUGCAGCCGUGGGAUCCCGGAUUUCGUCUCUCAUGACGCAUCUUCCAACUCUGAAAAACAUUGUUAUUUUCAUCUGCGUGCUAACAGCUGUUCUCAUCACAGUCCUGGUCAUCAAAGUGAUCAGAUCUGGCAGGAGGAUCAGGAAAACACGUAAAUAUGACAUCAUAACGACACCUGCGGAGCGCGUGGAGAUGGCCCCUCUUAAUGAGGAGAACGAUGAAGACGAUGACUCAACCCUCUUUGAUGUCAAAUACAGGUGAAUUCCAGCAUGGACAUCAAUAUUUGAGAACUCCUAUUUUGCCCCCGAGACAACUCAAGUGAUUUUCUGUAUUAUAAUUUUUUUGUGUUGCCAAGUCUGACCAAAUCAGCAACUUCCCACGCUGCUUGUGCAUGGCUUUUUAAAUUUUUUUGUCUGUGUUCGAAGGACUGAAGCCUCAUAGAUAUCAUUGUUUGCCAUUUUUUACCGAUCAUGUGGCUCAAAUAAACUGCCCGAUUCUUCUUCAUAUUUAAUCAGGAUGCUUCAUGCUGUGACCUUUCCUCUGAAGUCAUUCAGUAAUCAGGCUGUUAGGGACUCGUUGUCUUCAUAACAACUCAUGUUUUGUUGGGUUUUUUUUGUUUUUUUUAGACUGACCACUUUUGUUAUCUACAUUUUAGUUUUUACACUUGAGUGACAGCAUGUUGCGCUGGGGAGUUCAUCGUAGGAGGAGCGAACGCCUACACUGUCUAUAUUUAAAUGCAGGAUUAAUCACUCUUUUUGAUUUGAGUGAAUAUGUAAUCUUUAAAUAAAUACUGGCUGGCCACUAGAGACCAUCAUCUAACGCAUAAAAUGUUAACAAGCAUUGUGCAGAGAAUACCUUAUUCAGUAAAGAUGUGCACAAUCUGAAGGAUCUAUCUAUAAUAUACAGUAAUUGAUAUUUUUAAACUAAACUUUCAUACCAAAUAUAUUUCUAUCUACUAACCACUUUAUUGUGCAUAUAUACUGAAGGCUUUCUGUCCUCAUGUAUGGAGUAAGCGUAUAUAUUUUUUUACCGUGUGUUGUUUUAGACAUUCCUAUUUUGCUGCUAUCUCAGCUGAAAAUUUUACGUUUUCAUACGGUUCAUAUUGGUGAAAAGCUCAAAGAAUUAUUGUCUGGACGUAUUUGUGAGGUGCUUGUGGAAUAUGUCCGCUGGCUCUGAAUGUGAAUGCUGUAAUCUUUUGUGACCAGGUGUGUUCAAUCAUGUGGCGACUGCAUUUAAUCAAGUAACGACUGAAGGAUGUUUAAACGACAGUGAUGUAGUUACAGUAUUUGAAGUGUUCGACAUGAACCCAAUGUCUUGUUUUCUAAAUUAAAUCACAUUGUUAUGUUAAAAAAAAAAAAAGCGAGAGAGAAAGAGCAGUUCUUCCUAAAUAGUUGCUUCUGUGCCACAGACUCUGUUAGAAAGAGAUCAGUUGGCCAGCUUGGAUCAGCUUGGCCCUCAAUUAAUUAAAUUUUGGUAUUUUGAGUGCAGUGUUAGCGUGCAAAUAGAGACGAACCAGAACCAAACCGAAGCCCAGCGUAUUGUUUGUUAAAUAAAGUCAUUACGGGCUUCGACUUUUGAUGGAAACGAUUUGACAUACAGGUUUGAAAGGGGCCCAGUUUAGUUUUGGAAAAAGAAAUUCAGGAACUCAGAAAGUUAAUAUAUUCAUACAAUAUUAAUGAGGUAAUAAUACAAACUCUGUGACUGAAUGAACAAGCUGUUCUGUUUGAAGCUGGAAAGGUAACAGGGUCUGCCACAUAUAAACUGAGUACAACAGUAUAAAACUGUGUUGUCCUUUAAUAUCAGUUUAUGAAAAUGAAGAGAGUUUAUUUAGGCAUAAAAGUCAGUCGAUGAAGAUCUUUCCCCACUGAUGUCUAACUUUCUGCCAAAGCUCCUCUCAAGAUCUAAUGGCCCUCCCUCUCUAAUAGUCCUAAAUCCUAAAGUAAUUAUACAAAACAUCAGACUGUUCAAUUUGUUAUAUCUUUAAUUCAAAUACAGAACAGUCGGAUUUAGUGGAGUAAAUGAAAGAAAAUCAGAUGUUUUCAAACCUUCCUCAUCUCCAUCCUCAAUCUAAAUGUAAAAAUCAAAGUAAGCUGACAACAACGCAGAGUAAACCUAGAUUAGUUUUCCUGCGCCAAAUGUGAGUGUUGUAGGUGACCUUCUGUUUUAAUCCAGACUGAUAUUUGAUAGUGCACCGCCGCCUGCAGGUGCAGCUGUCUGCAGACGGUCUCCAGCCAACAGAAAAGAAAAACUAAACUGCACAGUUCAAUCUCGUACAAGCUAUUCCACAUUUUCUUUCCAGGAGAAAGAACACUGUGUAUUUUUCUUUGUUACUGCCAUUCACAUGGGGGACUGGGUACAUUUGUCAUCACUGUUAGAUCUACAAGUGGUAUGUGGGAGUGCGCGUGUGAAUGUCUUGAGUCCAACUUUCAGCCAUGUUUUUAAAUUGCUGGCUGCAGACGACGUGACUUCUGCUCAUGUCAGUGUUUUGUCAUGUUUCACUGAUUGUACUGAUCCAUUUUUUUUUUUGUGCGCCUCUGCACAAGCGAGCAUUUGACCCGUUGUACAGUUAAGGUCUUUCAUCCUGGCAACGUCUUCUGUUUUUAUCUUUAGUUGUGUGUGAAACUGUGGAAAAAAGCCUGCUCAUUUACAGACACUAAUGCUGGACUUUUAUUUCACCGAAUCAUCAGCUGCAGAAAAGUUCCUCUCGUAAAAAUGAAUCAAAGUCAUUGUGGUAGCUAUUCGGGGACUCGUUAAUCACCUCCCCAUCCCACAUUCAAACCAGAAAAAAGUUCAAUGUUCACACUGUUUUUGAAAGUUUAUUGAAAACAAGUCCCCGCUUGGUUUUCUUUUUUUGUACACAGAGAUGUUAUGUGUACCCACAGCUGUUUCCUCAGUUUCCAUGUUCUUUGAAAAACACUACUGAAAUAAAAUUGCUUCCUUUGAAGUGUUAACUCA